UGUCACACUCGGCGUUCAAAAUUUCACAUUAUGACGGCUCAGAGCUUUUUCGGAUUCCAUACGAAGAAUCAGUCAGCUUUGACUAAGGUUAAUAUCUGAAUAUGAUAUUAUUGAACAACCCAGUCCACACAAGAUUCGAACCAGAUAUACCAUAUUGAAAUACCUGCAGAUGAAAUCUUCCAACUAACCAUGGUGUUCAACUAUCCUGAGCGGUUUCUUGAAAGUCUUUACUGUUUGUGGGAGGAUGAAGUAUUUUGUGAUAUCCGUAUCCAAGUGGGAAAUCAAACAUUUCAGGCCCAUCGCAUCGUGUUGUCAGCAGGAUGUGACUACUUCAAGGCCAUGUUUGAAUGUGGGCUGAUGGAGCGAAAUGCUGACUGUAUAGAAAUCCAUGAUAUGGAUCCACUUGUGUUUAGCAAGCUUCUCAAUUUUAUAUACACAGGAAAGGUUGACAUAAAAGAAGACAACUGUCAGGAUGUCCUUGCUGCAGCAAAUAUGUUUGGACUUCAGGAGAUAAUUGCCAUUUGUUGUGUUUUUCUGAAACAGAAGCUUCACCGUGAAAACUGUCUUGGUAUUUACCAAUUUGCUGAGACACAUGCUUGUGAGGAACUGAAGGUGGAUGCUGAGAAAUUUAUCAAUAAUCACUUUCUACACUUGUCAAAGGAAGAGGAAUUUUCAGGUCUACCAGUUGAUUUACUUAUUAAGCUUUUGAAAAGUGAGUACCUUUGUAUAGAAGAUGAACACCAGGUCUUGCAGGCAGGGCUCAACUGGGUCCUUCAUGAUCCCUCCAGUCGCAGGAAACAUAUAUUUGAUAUUCUCCAUCAGGUACGAAUCCCAAUUAUUCCAGAAAAACAGCUAUUGGACAUACUGGACAGUUGCAGUGAUCUUAGUACAAAAGUUGUUAUCCAAAAAUUUGUACAAGAUUUUCAUUUAGAGAGACAAAUUUCGUUGAAGUUGCAUCAAAACAGGAUUAAACCUCACAUGCUUAACCCAAGGAAAUGUGCUAGGAAGAACAUCUAUGUUAUAGGGGGAAAUAAACAGUCUGAUGAAUGGAGAUGGAGUGAUGGUGUUACCGUGCCAACUGUAGAAAGAUUUGAUACACUCACCAUGGACUGGACAAGUAUGAGUGACAUGCAAUUUCCAAGGAGUAGUCAUGGUGCUGUGGUUUUGAAUGGACAGAUAUAUGUAGUAGGUGGAGAAAAUGAUUCAUUGAUCUGUGAUAAUGUAGAAUGUUAUGACCCAGCUAGUAACAAGUGGAGUUCUCUCCCUUGCUUAAACUAUCCACGAUGUGGUCUUGGCCUUUGUGUGUCUAAUGAUUGUAUUUAUGCAUUUGGAGGAUGGGUCGGAGAAGAACUAGGUGACAGUGUGGAAAAGUAUGACCCUGAGACCAAUCAAUGGACUAUUGACUGUAUUAUGCCAACUCCAAGACAUGCCAUGGGUGUUCUGGAAUGUGGAGGUCUGAUUUAUCUGAUUGGAGGUUUGGACGCAGAUGAAACUGACUUGACCUCAGUAGACAGUUUUAACCCUGUAACUAAGGAGUGGCAACAGCUGCCAAGCCUCAAGGUCGAGAGGUCCCAUCUGGGCGUGGCUUCUUUGGAUGGUAUCCUUUAUGCCAUUGGGGGAUUAAACCACUCUGAGGGUGACCUCAUGUCUGCAGAAAGAUAUAUACUUGACUCUGAUGGCUGGGAAGAGAUUGCUCCUCUGUCAGACAAACGAUCAGCUCCUUGUAUGGCCGCGGUAAAUGGUCAUCUCUAUGUGAUUGGUGGACAAAAGUGGACAGACCGGUUUUCAAAUUAUAGACAUUACUGCAGUAAUCCUGUUACACUGGACAGUAUGGAAUGUUAUGAUCCCAAAAACAAUGUCUGGUCAAAGUUGCCCUAUAUGCCCAUGGACCGUUGUAGGGCAGCUGCUGUGGUCCUUUAACCUAACCUUUACUGGCAGUGGGUCUUUAGCCUCACUGUACUGUCAGUGUUCUUUAGCCUCACUGUUACUGGCAGUGGGUCUUUAGCCUCACUGUUACUGGCAAGGGGUCUUUGGCCUUACUGUCACUGGCAGUGGGUCUUUAGCCUCACUGUUACUGGCAAGGGGUCUUUGGCCUUACUGUCACUGGCAGUUGGUCUUUAGCCUCACUAUUACUAGCAGUCUUCUAUAGCCUCACUGUUACUGGCAGUGGGUCUUUAGCCUCACUAUUACUAGCAGUCUUCUAUAGCCUCACUGUUACUGGCAGUGGGUCUUUAGCCUCACUGUUACUGGCAGUGGGUCUUUAGCCUCACUGUUACUGGCAAGGGGUCUUUAGCCUCACUGUUACUGGCAGUGGGUCUUUAGCCUCACUGUUACUGGCAGUGGGUCUUUAGCCUCAAUGUCACUGGCAGUGGGUCUUUAGCCUCACUGUUACUGGCAAGGGGUCUUUGGCCUUACUGUCACUGGCAGUGGGUCUUUAGCCUCACUGUUACUGGCAGUGGGUCUUUAGCCUCACUGUUACUAGCAGUGGGACUUUAGCCUCACUGUCACUGGCAGUGGGACUUUAGCCUCACUGUCACUGGCAGUGGGUCUUUAGCCUCACUGUUACUAGCAGUGGUCUUUAGCCUCACUGUUACUGGCAGUGGGUCUUUAGCCUGACUGUUACUAGCAGUGGGACUUUAGCCUCACUGUUACUGGUAGUGGAUUUUUAGUCUUACUGUUACUGGCAGUGGGACUUUAGCCUCACUGUUAUUGGCAAGGGGUCUUUGGCCUUACUGUCACUGGCAGUGGGCCUUUAUCCUCACUGUCACUGGCAGUGGGUCUUUAGCCUCACUGUUACUGGCAGUGGUCUUUAGCCUCACUGUUACUGGCAGUGGGUCUUUAGCCUGACUGUUACUGGCAGUGGGUCUUUAGCCUGACUGUUACUAGCAGUGGGUCUUUAGUCUUACUGUGACUGGCAGUGGGACUUUAGCCUUACUGUCACUGGCAGUGGGACUUUAGCCUCACUGUUACUGGCAGUGGGACUAGUCUUGCUGUUACUGGCAGUGGGACUUUAGUCUUACUGUUACUGGCAGUGGGUCUUUAGCCUGACUGUUACUAGCAGUGGGUCUUUAGUCUUACUGUUACUGGCAGUGGGACUUUAGCCUUACUGUUACUGGCAGUGGGACUUUAACCUCACUGUUACUGGCAGUGGGACUAGUCUUACUGUUACUGGCAGUGGGACUUUAGUCUUACUGUUACUGGCAGUGGGUCUUUAGCCUGACUGUUACUAGCAGUGGGUCUUUAGUCUUACUGUUACUGGCAGUGGGACUUUAGCCUUACUGUCACUGGCAGUGGGACUUUAGCCUCACUGUUACUGGCAGUGGGACUAGUCUUACUGUUACUGGCAGUGGGACUUUAGUCUUACUGUUACUGGCAGUGGGUCUUUAGCCUGACUGUUACUAGCAGUGGGUCUUUAGUCUUACUGUUACUGGCAGUGGGACUUUAGCCUUACUGUUACUGGCAGUGGGACUUUAACCUCACUGUUACUGGCAGUGGGACUAGUCUUACUGUUACUGGCAGUGGGACUUUAGUCUUACUGUUACUGGCAGUGGGUCCUUAGCCUCACUGUUACUGGCAGUGGUUCUUAAGCCUCAUUGUUACAGGUGGUGGUUUUUAGCCUUACUGUUUUAUGGGAGGGCGGUUGUAGUUCUUUAUAGCCUUACUGUUAUUGGCAUUGACUGUUUUGUAGGAGAGUGAUUGUAGUUCCUCUAAUAACCUCAUUGUUCCUGGCACUGGUUCUUUGGGAGAGCUUAGCACAUAGUGCUGCUUUUGGUGCUUGUAUUGGUUUGGAGCAAUGCUUUGGUAAGAUUUGGUGCUUGUUACCAGAAAAGGUUUCGUAGAGUUCACCAUUAGUUAACAGACAAGCUUCUGUAAUAUUUGUUAAUGGUCUGCUGUUGACAGUAUUGUAAAGUCUGUACCUAAAUGAGCUUUUAUUUCUCAGCAGAAAUGUUUUGCUGGUAAUGUAGUAAGUAUGAGAAAAUUUGGUGUAUAUGAACACACAUGAUGUAUAUACACAACAUAAUUUAUAUGAACAAUCUAGUCAGGUGUAUUAACACUAUAUAUAUAUAAUGUGGACACAAAUAAUUAAGAGAUAAUCAGUAAAUAUUUAUAAGGGUGUUAAGUCUUAUGAAAAACAAAAUUUCUAUACACAUACAUAAGUUUAAAACAGAUAAUGCAUUUUUAUCAACAAAUUUGAUGCCUUUAAUAGUCCUUAUGACAUGGUCAUUUGGCAACUCUUUAAGCAUUUAUUUUGUCAUCUUUUUUGGUGAAUGUUCGGAUCUAGUUGCUAGUACGGGAAAUCAUUUGCAUUUUUGCUCGAGUUACUAUAACUGAUUUAUGUGUGUUAUAGCAACACAUAGGAAAAUAAGUUGUAACCAGUGCCCUGAUAUAACAUUUCAUGAAUGUUGUUAAUGAAAGAAAACUUAAUUAUGAGACUGUGUUAAAUCCCUACUAAACCUAUAAGUGCUCUUCUGAUGCUCUUUAUGUGAUGGCAUUGUUACAUGUGUGUUUGGAUAUUUAUGCUAUUGUGUUUGGUCAUCAAUGGUGCAAAAUAAAAUUCUGAAAAGUAAA